GGGCACAGCCGCAGUGGUGUGGGACUCGCAGGCAGCGGCAGCUCGCGCUCGCAGUCGCAGUCAAGACGCGUCGGGCACAGAGUGCACAUUGGAGUCGCAAAGGCAGUCAAGCCGCGCGCGUCCAGCGGUCCAGUGUUCCGUUCUACCAGGGUGUCCUCAAAGAGCGUCCGGGCUUGAGGAGAAAGCAGCACCAUGAAGCUGCAGGUGUUGUUGGUGGUGGCCCUCGUGGCCCUGCUGGUCGUCGAUUUCGGCGCCGCAGAAAAAGUGCACAAGAAGCACCGCAAGGGCAAGCGCCACCGCACCAGCACCACGACGGAGCAGCCCGCCGACGCCGCGGUGGCCGCCGAGGCCGUGGUGGCGGCCCAGGCCGAGCAGGACGUCAUGACCAUCCUGGCCGAGGACGAGAAGGAGGAGGAGAAGGAGGCGCGCCAGGAGGAGGACGUCAGGCUCAACGAGGUCGUCACUGUGGAUCCAUGCCAUGACAAGUACUGUGGUGCUGGCAAAGUGUGCCAGCUCUCUGCAGCUGGUGAAGCCGAAUGUGUUUGCAUUCCAACCUGCCCUGUAGAAGUUGACCCACGAAGGAAGGUGUGUUCCAACCACAAUGAAACCUGGGGAUCAGACUGCGAAGUCUACCAAAUGCGCUGCUUGUGUGACCAGGGCUCUGAGAUGUGCCGUGGAGAGAAAUACAAGCAUGUUCACAUUGAGUACUACGGUGUGUGCAGAGACAUGAAGGACUGCUCCCCUGAGGAGAUGGCUGACUUCCCCCGUCGUAUGAGCGACUGGCUUUUCAAUGUCAUGAGGGACAUGGCUGAUCGUGAAGAGCUUUCUCCUUACUUCCUGAAGCUGGAGCGUGAAGCUGAAACCAACCUUACCCGUCGUUGGACUAAUGCUGCCAUCUGGAAAUGGUGUGAUCUUGAUGGUCACCCACAUGACAGGUCUGUGUCUCGACAUGAACUGUUCCCAAUUCGUGCACCUCUUAUGGCCUUGGAGCACUGCAUUGCACCAUUCCUGAACAAGUGCGAUGCAGAUGAUGAUCACAUGAUCUCUCUCAAGGAGUGGGGUAAAUGCCUUCAACUUGAAGAGGAUGAUUUGGAGGAGAGGUGUGAUGAAGUCCGAGGAGAAGAAGAAUGAUAACUCAGUUUCUGACAAGAACUGAAAUGCUGCUCACCAAAAAUGUAACUUAACAUCACUUGGUUGGUGUAGAAGUAUUGUGUUCACUGCCAUUAAUUUAUUCAGUAUCAAACUAUAUUUAAAUGACGUAUUUGUACCUCAAAUCAUGAUUAGAUCAAUGUAGAGCAAUGAGGCUCUAAUGGAGUAUAUGACAAAUGAAAAUAAAUAGACAAAACAACAGUUUAUAAAUAAAAAAAUGGUUUUAUUUGAAAUCCAUUUACAAUGUGGCUCUUAAUUUGGUUAUGGAUAUGAAUGAGAUCGAAGUAGAAGAGCCAAGACGUCUCAAACCUCAUGAUGCAAAUUUUUGAAGUUUCAUUAAAACAAAUCUAUUGAA